AGGAAAACUGCACCAACGAUGAGAUUCUUCCCAUGCUCGAGUACGUUCGUCCUGGCAACGGGUUCAAGCCAAAUUUCAUCAUGUUCGAGAAGUGCGAGGUGAACGGGAAGGACGAGCACCCCCUCUUCACUUUCCUGAAAGAGGCGCUGCCCUUCCCGCACGACGACCCCUCCUCGCUGAUGACCAACCCGCAGUACAUCAUCUGGUCCCCGGUCCGCCGCAACGACAUCGCCUGGAACUUCGAGAAGUUCCUUAUUGGCCCCGACGGCGUGCCCUUCAAACGCUACAGCCGGAGUUUCGAAACCAUCAAGAUCCAGGAUGAUAUUGAGUUGCUUCUGCAGAAGGUUGCCUAGAAUGUUCUCUUCCCUUUCCCCUUGUUGCGCGCCUGCCUAUUUUUCUUGCAGGGAGCUCAGGCAGAAAUCCCAAUGUCUCGUGCAGGUUUUGCUUAUGAUGGUGCAUGUUCUAAAUCCUUGAAGUGUGCUUGAUGUUUUCAAAAGCUGCACAGGAAUGUUUGGGAAGCUAUGCCAGAGCAAGCAGCUGUGAGUCUCAGUAGUUUAUUGUGAUUCUCUGAAUAAAAAAAAAUGUGUACUUUCU